AAAAUGGUGGCUCAGGUAUUGCAAAGGGAGGACUCUGGUUUCGUUCUAGGGUUCCCUAUGGAGAGGGAUUCAUACCUGACUGGGGUCCUUCUUUGCUUUUCUGCUUCUGCGUUGUCUUCAGGUCAAAUCUGACAAAGGCAAGAAACUCCAGGUUUUCUACAGCAUCACUGGCAUGGGGGCUGACAAACCUCCUUGUGGUGUGUUUAUAAUGGACAGAGAAACAGGAUGGCUAAAGGUGACGAUGCCCUUGGACAGAGAGCAGGAGUCCCACUAUGUUGUGAGUGUCUCCUAUACGGCUGUAGGGGCUGGAGCACUGGCAGCCAUCUCAUUUGCUAAACAUUUCAAACAGCCACUUAAUUUUUGAAGUUACUUAUGGAACAUGUUUUGAGCAUCUAUUAUAUUCCAGGUACCACACAGGAGGGUUAAGAGGGUAGAGCAGAGCAGAGCUGGGGUACAGAUCUGGGAUUUGUAACCUAAGAACCAGCUCUGCAGCUGUGGACAAGUUCCAAGACUCACUAAGGUGAGGAGGCUGUGAGAUGCGAGCUUCUGAGCUCAGGGAAGACAGCAAUACUGGGGGGAGAUGUAGACUGUCGUUAUAGUUUCUGCCACUGCUGUUAGCUACAAAGACACAUAAUGAAGAGUCCCAUUCUAGAGGGGAAAAAGACAGGACUCUUGCAGCAAAGACAAAGGUGCAGCAGGGGGAGAGAAAGUGGCCAGACAGGGCUGAGCAGAGAGAAUGAGCGCAUUGUGUGACUCUAGAUUGGAACAUUCUAGACAAUCUCCAAAUGUUAAGAGUGUAGGAUCCAGAGCGCAACAACUCAUGGGGAGACCCCAGCUCUGACACUUCUUUACUUUGUAGCCCUGGCUGUGGUAGUGACCCCCUCAGUAGCCCCUUUUGCUGUUGGGUUAAUAUAUGUAAAGCACUUUGAACAACGACUAGUCCUGGGUAAAUUCUCAAUGCAUGUCAGCUGAGCAUCCCUUAAAUACAGCUCUCUGGGGUGUCUUGUCCGGCAGACUCUCCACCAUACCCCUCUGAGGGAAACCAAGACCCAAAUAGAGCCUCAAUUUGCUCUCCUCCCAAGGUCAUUGCCCUCAUUCACAGAGUCUAAGUGAGUUCCCCAUCAGGUCCACCUUCCACACCUGAGAAGGACAAAGACAAGUGCUGCAGAAAUCAGAGCCCUCGGUCCUCAUGAUCCCACCAUGAGAAUGUGGUCACACGGUCACCUCCAGCUGCGUGGGAGGCAAUGUGCGUGGCUGAGCCAAUUUCUAGGGAAAAGGGAAGAGGUGGGCAAGCUGACAGCUAGCACUCGACCCUGAGCAUCACACCAGAAAACACUGAGGAGACAACAGAUGCAACCCUUACUAACAUUAACGAGGUUGGAAUAAGUCCUGUUUUCUCCGACUCCCAGGUAACGGAAACAUGAGACAAAGAAAGUGGCUUCUCACUGCAACGGGCCUUCUGUGGGACAGAUGCCCACUGGCUGGCCUCUUCUGCACCUUUAUUGCUUUUCAGCUUUUCUUUCAUGCUGCGUCUUCGACUGGGAAUGCCGUGGAAGAGCCUACGGAGACUAUGAUCACAGUGGUAGGCCCGAAUGACAACAAGCCUGAAUUCACCCGGGUGGUCUUUGAGGCGUCUGUGAUGGAAAGAGCCCACCCAGGAACCUCCGUGAUGCAAAUCACAGCAACGGACGCAGAUGACCAUGAGAACACCUACAAUGCGGCCAUUGACCCCUCGGCCAAGCUCAGCCACGACCCCUCGGUGCCUCACCCCAACAUGCUCACCAUCAACCAGGACACAGGAAUCACCGCUGUGCUCACUUCUGGGUUGGACCAACAGAUCGCUUCCGUAUACACCCUGACAAUUCAAGCUGCUGACCUCCAAGGUGAAGGCUUAAGUUCUACAGGGACAGCUGUGAUCACAGUCACCCACAGCAAUGCUAACCCUUCCGGCUUCCGCCCAACUUUGGUAGACUUGCACUUUGACCUCACCAGCCAGAACGUGUACACGGGCCAGGUGUUUGAAAACAAGGUGGAUGCAGGGAUACUGAGACUGAAGGUGAAGAGAGAAGAUGCCCCAGGCUCUCCAGCAUGGAAGGCAGUGUUUUCCAUCCUGAAUGACAGAGCAGGCCUCUACACUGUCACCACGGACCCGGAGACUAACAACGGCCUUUUGAAAACAGCCAAGGAAGGCAGUUUCCCAGUGGGGGCCUUCUACUGCGAUGGGGGUCCCCCCUGGUCCUUGCAUCAAAACAGCCAUGCCAUCACCCUGGACCUCAGAAAUGCUGCCUAA